AUGUCGUCUCAUUACACGACUGAACCUCCGGCGACUGCUUUGGUUCUCCUCCAUACUAGUGCAGGCCCUCUAACGAUAUCUCUAUUUGCAAAUCAGACGCCCCUGACUUGCCGGAACUUCCUCCAACAUGUGCUCGAUGAGGACUAUACCAACAACAUCUUCCACCGCGUCUCGCCGGGCUUCGUGAUCCAGACGGGCGAUCCGACGGGAACGGGUGAGGGCGGCCAGAAUAUAUACGAGGACCGAGAAUUCGAGCGCUACGACGAUGACUGGGCGAGGCUGCUUGGACGGGAAAAAGAUGAGAAAAUCAGGUUUGGCGACGAGGUACACAGCCGGUUGAAGUUCAACCGCCGGGGCUUGGUGGGAAUGGCAAAAGGCACUGGCCCCGGUGGUGGCUACGGUACGCAGUUCUUCAUCACCCUGGCAGACUGCAGGGCGCAGCUGGAUGGCAAUUGUACAAUGUUCGGUCGUGUGGAGGGGGAUGGCAUAUACAACAUUGUCAAGAUCGCCGAUGGCGAGCUAGUCGAGGGCACGGAGCGGCCCAUGUAUCCUGAGAAGAUUCUGAGGGCGGAGGUCAUCGAAAUGCCCAAAGGUGACGCAUGGCAAAACAUGCGAAAGAGAGACAAAAUCGCUCAGCGUGUCGUCGAAGCUCCUAGCAAGAAGAAGGUACCGAAGAAGAAGGGUGGGAAGAGCUUACUCAGCUUUGGAGGGGACGACGGUGAUGAUGACGGUGCUAGCGUUGCAGUACGGCCAAAGAAGGCCAAGUUCAAUCCUGCUCUAAUUGACGAUGGACGCGAUCAAGAACCUGAGGCAAAUACAAAACCAAAUGUCGUUGCGAAAAUUCAACCACUGGCUGAGAAGAAGAGACCAAGGUCGCCCUCUCCAACAGAGACAAUUCCACGGAAACGCAAAGCAAGUCCUCAGCCACCUGCUAAAUCCCCAUCGCCAGUCCAGCGGCGAAAACCUUCUUUCCAUGACCCAACUACUCAAUUACCAUUACGCAACCCUGAGUCCCCGUCUCGUUCACCCUCAACGGACGAAACACCUACAACAUCCAAAGCCUCCACACUACAAGCCGAGAUCGACGCCCUCAAAGCGUCAAUGCGGCGGAAUGUUGCUACGACUAACCAGGAAUCAAACCAUAAAAAAUCAGCGCUAGAAUCUCUCAUUCCUGCAACAAGCACACGGGGCCGCAAGCGCCCCCGCCCCGGAGAGAACAACCCAAAGGAGGAUGCGAAUGCAUUAAAGAUGCUCAAUGCAUUCAAGGCACGACUGGAAGCCACCAGCACCAACGGGACAGCUGACCGCAGAACCAGAACCAACGGACAGCAGAAGCAAGGCCCAACCCUGGCCAAGGCGGAACCGCCGCCAGAAGAUGAUGAAGAAGCCACGCUCUGUGACCUGCAUUUCAUCGCCAACUGCCAGUCAUGCUCGCGGUGGGAUGAGACAGGAGAGAAUGCGGAUGAAGACGCGGAUGAUGAUGAGCCAUGGAUGAGCCAUACAUUAUCAUUCGCGAAGGACAGGUUGGGGAAAGAUCUGACCUGGAAGAGGAAGAACGAAGAGGAGCUCGUGGUGAUAGAUCCCCGGGAGAGGGAACGCGACAUCAAGCUGGAAAAGCGCAAAGACAGAGACAAGGGCAAGGGCAAGGAUAGGAGCUGGUAG